AAAUGGGAAGAUGAAUAAGCAGACUAAUGUGAAGAUAAGCAGCUAAAUGCAGAUGUAUGAGCACUUGUGAUGCUGACAAAUAACCCAAUAAAAUGAUAUAUUUACAGUCUGACACCCUCAUCACCCCCCAUUCCUGUAUACCACAGUAUGACAUACCAUCAGUAUCCUAUCAACUCAUAGAGAGAAAUGCUGGUGCUGGGUUAAAAAAAAUAUGUGUGCUUGUCAUUACUUUGGGGACGCUGGAAUAGACAGCUGGUGUCACACAGCCCCGUCAACUUCUGUAGCGCAAGGCUGGUGUCAGGUUAAAAGCUUCCCUGUGUGUGGCUGUGCACGGCUGACCUCCUGACCUCCACACCCCAUAACAGGCGCGGCCUGCCCACGGGGCCGAGUGCUGAGCAUGGCACUGCCACUCCAGCCCACCAGCAGUAACAUGAACCUCGUCACCGAAGACAUGAGCGACUCCGUGGAUAACCUGGACACCCGAGAGCUGGGCUUCGCGGAUGAGGAGGAGGUGGACUUUGACCCCACUAGAGACAGCGGUAUCUCGUUCCCAGCCGUGUACGAGACUGUGGGUUUCAAAGAGGACGAUGCCAAGAUCUACCUGGUGGCGGUGCCCAUCACGGCCAAGAUCCUGGAGGUUGAGCGCUUCACCGCCACAGGCCACGACCGCUUCACCCAGAGGAGUGUGUCCAAGAUGCCUGCUGUGUUCAAGAUUGAGUUGCGGCAUGGCAGCUUCACCUGGGAGGUGAAGCGUAAGGAGAAGCACUUCCUGGAGCUGCACAGGGAGCUGCUGCGCUACAAGACCCUGAUGAGGAUCCCUCUUCCCUCACGCAGUCACACGGUGAGGAGGAAGAGCAUCAGGAGAAGCGAGGCCAGGCAGAUGCCGAAUCUUCCACGGGGGGGAGGAGAUGAACUGGGCCGAGAGGAGCAGGUGUCCAGCAGGAGGAGGCAACUGGAAGACUACCUGAAUAAGCUGCUUCGAAUGUCCAUGUACAGGAAGUACCAUGCAACGAUGGAAUUUAUUGACGUGAGCCAGAUGUCCUUCAUUCAUGACCUGGGACCCAAAGGCUUAGAGGGGAUGAUCCAGAAAAGGUCGGGUGGCCAUCGCAUCCCAGGAAUGAACUGCUGCGGCCAGGGCAAAGUCUGCUACCGCUGGUCAAGAAGGUGGCUGGUGGUGAAGGACUCGUUCCUGCUGUACAUGAAGCCCGAUUCAGGAGCCAUCUCCUUUGUGCUCCUGGUGGACAAGGAGUUCACCAUCAAGAUGGAUUCCAAGGAGACGGAGACUCGCCACGGAGUGCGGAUAGACAGUCUCAGCAGGACGUUGGUGAUCAAGUGCAACAGCUACAGGCAUGCUCGCUGGUGGGGCCAGUCCAUCGAGAACUUUGUGCGUAAGCACGGCAAGGCUUUCCUCAGGGACCACCGUUUUGGCUCCUUCGCCAGGGAGGAGGUGAACAUACCAGCCAAAUGGUUUGUUAAUGGGAGAACUUACAUGGAGGAUCUGGCAAAUGCUAUGGAGGAGGCAAGAGAAGAAAUCUUCAUUACUGACUGGUGGUUGAGUCCCGAGAUCUUCCUCAAGAGGCCGGUGGUCGAAGGAAAUCGUUGGCGGUUAGACUGCAUCCUCAGACGCAAGGCACAACAAGGCGUGAGGAUUUUCGUCAUGCUGUACAAGGAAGUGGAGCUGGCUCUUGGCAUAAACAGUGAAUACAGCAAGCGGACACUUAUGCAUCUACACCCCAACAUUAAGGUCAUGAGACACCCUGACCAUGUGUCCUCCUCUGUUUAUCUGUGGGCACAUCAUGAAAAAAUCGUGGUCAUUGACCAAUCGGUGGCCUUCGUCGGUGGAAUAGAUCUAGCCUACGGCCGUUGGGACGACCGGGAGCACCGACUGACAGAUGUAGGGAGUGUGACCCGGGCUGUUGCCAUGGCGAUCGAACAGCCUGCAGAUGCUCCCAACUUUGGGAUCACCCCCUCAGAGGACUCAGCCCAGAGAAAUGGGGGGACUGUUGGAGGAGGAGGAGCAGGAGCAGGAGCAGGAGCAGGGGUGGACUCGCAGGACCAGCCUAAAAUCAAGGGCAUAGGACGCACACGGAAGAGCCGCUUCAGCCUCUACCGCCACCUCCACCGCCACAACCUUCACCACGCAGACAGCGUGAGCAGCAUCGACAGCUCAGACGACAGAGGAGGCUCAAUGCGAAGUCUCCAGACAGGCGUAGGAGAGCUGUAUGGAAACACACGCUUCUGGCAUGGCAAAGACUACUGCAACUUUGUCUACAAAGACUGGGUCCAACUGGAGAAGCCGUUUGAUGAUUUCAUUGACAGGCACACGACUCCCAGGAUGCCCUGGCAUGACAUCGCCUCAGUGGUGCACGGGAAGGCGGCGCGAGAUGUGGCUCGACAUUUCAUCCAGCGCUGGAAUUUCACAAAGAUAAUGAAGCCAAAGUACAGGUCACUCUCGUACCCAUUUUUAUUGCCCAAAUCACAUACCACAGCCAAUGAACUACGAUACCAAGUGCCCGACUGUGUGCAGAGUAAAGUGCAGAUCUUGCGCUCUGCUGCAGACUGGUCUGCUGGCAUUAAGUACCACGAGGAGUCCAUCCACAACGCCUACAUCCAGGUCAUCGCCAAGAGCAAGCACUUCAUCUACAUUGAGAACCAGUUUUUCAUCAGUUGUACUGACAACAGGACAGUUUUCAACAAGAUUGGUGACGCCAUCAUAGAGAGAAUAAUACGGGCUCACAAGGAGAAUAAGAAGUUCCGUGUUUACGUGGUGACGCCACUGUUGCCAGGAUUUGAGGGUGACAUCACUACGGGAGGUGGGAAUGCCAUUCAGGCCGUCAUGCAUUUCAACUAUAGAACGAUGAACAGGGGAGACUACUCCAUCAUAUCACAGCUGAAGAAAGAGAUGGAUAACCAGUGGAUGAACUACAUCUCCUUUGCGGGACUUCGUACUCAUGCUGAACUGGAGGGGCGACUGAUGACGGAGCUGAUCUACGUCCACAGCAAGAUGCUCAUAGCCGAUGACAAUACCGUCAUCAUUGGCUCAGCCAACAUCAACGACCGCAGUAUGUUGGGCAAGAGAGACAGCGAGGUGGCCGUGAUCGUGGAGGACACGGAGACCGUCCCCUCGGUGAUGGAUGGAGAGGAAUACCAGGCUGGAAAGUUUGCUCUGGGGCUCAGACUUGAGUGCUUCAAGACUCUGCUGGGUGCCCACACUGACCCCAGCAUAGAUGUGUCCGACCCCAUCAGUGAAACCUUCUACAAGGAGGUGUGGAUGACGAUAUCGGCACGCAACGCCACCAUAUACGAGAAGGUGUUCAACUGUCUGCCGUCCAGUCUGGUGAGGAACAUGCAGGAGCUCAUGGAGUUCAAGACCACUUUCGGGCUGGACAAAGAGGACCCGGCCAAGGCUCGGGAGCUGUUGAAGAAGAUCCGCGGGUUCCUGGUCCAGUUCCCCCUGGAGUUCCUCAGUGAGGAGAACCUCAUGCCGUCCGUCGGCACCAAAGAGGCCAUGGCACCCACUGAGCUCUGGACCUGAGGAGCAAGCACGGUGGUGGUGCCUUUGGUUCAUCUGCUUCUGCACUGGACCACUGGACCACUAGACCACUAGAAUUCACGCAAUAAGGGAACCCAAUCGAACACAACUCGCAUGAUGAGGCACUGCUACUACACUGAGAUUACAGUAUACUGUAUGUGGCUCCUCCAGUGCAUUUCUUCUCUCUCUAUUCCAAUUAAUGCUUUGUCAGAUACCACACCUCGGUACGUUUUUCAUGUCAUUUUAUAAAUGGCAUAUAUAUUUUUACGUAUCAGAUUCCUAGAGGUCGCUUUAAAUGACAGACAACCUGAUGUCGGGAGAAAGUACGACCACCCCAUGAGCUCCUGUGCCUUUUUAUUUUUGGAAUGGAGUCCGGACGCAUAAUGGGAUGUUUUUUGCAGGAUGUUAUUGUUAAAAAAACCUGCCGCAUUACCCUUAAAAUCACCCUCAGAAAACGCAAGUACUUCAGUCAGCAGUAAUGGUCCUUGAGGCAACAUGUUUAUUGCGGUUCACUCCUCUGUACUGAGUUCGGGACAAGCAAUCUCCUGUGGUUUGUCAACAGUGUAAUUUCAUCUGUAAAAAAAAAACAAGCAAGAUGCUCUGGGACUGCCAGGACGUGCCUCAUGCUUCACUCACACUGCCCAGACUGUGUGACAGUGAAAAUGAUUCGAGAGCUACAAGACAAUCUGCCUGUAAAAUGUUAAAAGUGCUGAACAGUUGUGAUGCAAUCCAAAGCCAUUAUUGGUGAAGAGCAUAGAAGGCAUAGACUGAAAGCUUGAAUCCCUAGACCUGACACCACUGAUCCUUACUUUCUAAAUGACUCAGCAGUUUACACGUAUUUGCCCCACUGCACCUUUCUCUCGUCCUCUGUUUCUGUCUCUGUCUGUCUCUCUCUUUAUUUGUCUUUGUCUCUCUCACGCUCUCUCUCUCUCUCUCCAUCUGUGGUUGAUUUUUUUAUUCCUCUGAUGUAGUAUAUCAUUCAUUUUAUGUAACCACUCUUUGUCUGACAUAUCUAUAUAGUUCACCAUCAUUUUAUGGACCUACAUGGUCAGCACAACGCUGAGCAAUAAUGAAGCCAGCAUGGUCUUAUUCUCACAUUUCUUACUGACACCCUGCAGAAUCCAUUUCCUUGCAAUCCGGCUGCCUCCAGUGAAUUGUCUUUGCUGCUGCUGCUGCUGCUGCUCCUGCACUGCCUAGCAUCUUCCCUUCUCUCCUCUCCUCUCCUCCCUUGGCACCGUAGGUGUGCCUGCUCUGUCAAAAAGGCAUGGCAGGUCUGUUGCUGGGAGGGGGCUUCGAGGCUGUUGGGGGAGGAUGGGAGGAUGGUGGAGGGUUUGUGGGGGGGUUACAAAACAACUCGGAUGUCAUCCCUCUGCAGACGGCCCAAGCACAAUUUCAUCACCGCCAUGUCAUUUCUAGUUAAGGGUGUCUGGCUAGAGGGUUGACGGAGCGGAGAAUCCCUGAUUCCGGGGGGACGUUCUGAUGGUGCGUCACAGAGAUCGGAGAGGCUUUUUGACAGGCUUUCAGCAGUCGAGAGCUUUUCUAGAAGGAAUAAAUAGUAAUAAUUCAAGCAAAUUGUACAUUUCUGUGUUUUAAUGCAAUUUUCUACAUUUUUGUGUGUAUGUCCGACAAGACAGCAAAUUAACGGAACACUUCUGUAACAAUCUCAGAUUUCAAUAAACGUGCAUUAU